AUGGAUCCUCGUCCGGAAGAUAUGCAGGUGGAUGUGGAGCUGGUGCGAUCGCCGGUGCGGCGCCAGAGCCCGAAAGGGUUUGUCAUUAACAGGCCUCCCAAAGUUAAUUUUUGUGGAGGUGGGAAACAAAAGCUGGAGGCGUCUAUAAAGGAGACUUCCAACCCGGUUUUAGGAGGUAAGAAGGGAGGACGGCAGCCUCAAAACCCGGUGCGUGCGGGUCGGGGAUCGCCUGCUCCCGCAGCUGUGGCUCCGGCAGGUGGUAUCGCGGAGCAGGCCCGGCGUCGUCGACUCAUCCUUGAGGACGACUUAGAUGAUGACAUGGUGGAUUUGCCCCACCCAAAGGUGCAGGCCAGUCCUCGCGGCCAGCCGACGAGGCAGGACGCCCAGCCUAGCUCUUACCCGGUGCGGGAAUCGGGAGGCCUGAGUACCGGGACUGUGAAACCGGUGAAAAGGCGACUGCGUCGGAAUGCAUCCAAGGCCGCGGCUUCGGAUGUGGGUGGUGUAGCUGUUCCUGCCCCACGGCUAGUCGAUGCCCCUCGGAAGUCUCGCCAGGUUCGUGUGGGCCAUGGGAAGGAGUUCCAUGAGCAGGGGGUUGAAACUACUGUGCCCCUUCCAACUUCCCAAAACGAAGAUGUCUCUGCUGGUGAGAUUGCUGAUGAGAUGGCUAGCGGGGCAAGCGAGGCUGGGGUAGACGACCCCCUCGGUGCAGAUGCGGCGGUGCAGAGAGAGAAUGGCUUGCCCGUGCCUAGCGAUUCGGAGGGUUCGGGGAUGGGUACUGAUACCCAUUGCUUUGAAAUCAGAAAACGUGAUCCGGGUCCCACCUCGGUUGGAACUGGUCGGGGAAUCUCGGGGAAGGUCUCCCAAGUUGUAGCGGCUUUCGAGACUGGGUUGGCUAUUGAUCAAGGCAAAGUGACAACGGUUAUGAUUGAAGGCGAGGGAGUUCGAUCGAUUUCGGAGCAUAUAGGUGUGCAUGGGGAGGGGGCUGAGGUGGGCGAUGAGUAUGGGUCAAAUUUGACCAACCCUGUGUUUAGUGCCCAUAAGCGCUCGUUGGCUUCGGUCGAGGGUGAAGUGGGCUCCCCUCCCACUCCAAAGAAGUACUUUAUCGAAGUUGCUAAUGUGUUUGAGAAGGAGAAGGUGGAGGAAGCCAGCCUCGAAUGGCCCCAGCCUGAUAAAUGA